AUGCUGAUCGAGUAUCUUUUUGUCUUUGCCCAGGUGCAUGAUGAGUUUCGAGUACCGGAGCUCCUCUCCAUCUCGGAGCUCCACGGUUUCGAGAUCAAAUUUCCCGAGGAUCCAGACACAUCGCGACCGUUCAUGGUCCUAGGACUUGAGGCUGAAGAACAUGCUCGGUUGCUGGCGCAGCGAUGCAUUCUCGUCAGAUAUGUCUGCGAGUUUUACGCUCGUGGAAAAACAUACGAUGAACUUCACGAGAAUACACGCCUGCAAAAACCUCGAUGGGAGAAAUACUACGUCGACACGUCCUUCAAGUUCCUGAUCACUGCGUUCAACCAUACUAUCCCGCAGUGGAGGCAAACGAUUGUCGUGGAGAGCUUCUCGUACAUGGACUUCCAAGGGAAGAUCGAGAUGAAGAACCCUGAAAUAACGCUCGCAGUGUUCGAAGAAUAUCCUGAUAAACACGGAACCACCCGCGAGAAGACGGAAGGCGAUGGCGAGUUCGACGAAGUCUGGUUCGGCAGGUUGAUCAUGCUUGGUACGGCCCGGCCGUUGGUGAAGACUUUCGACGUCAAGAAGCGCGUGUACUUCGGGAACACCAGCAUGGAGGCCGAGAUGUCUCUCCUCAUGGCCAACCAAACUCUGGCGUCCCCAGGAAAACUGAUUUACGAUCCGUUUAUCGGGACCGGCAGCAUGGCAUACACUGCGGCCCACUUCGGUGCCUUUGUGUUCGGCUCCGACAUCGACGGGCGACAGAUGAGAGGGAAGGUCAAACCGCCUGGCAUUGUGCGCGCUGCCGCGCAGUACGGCGUUGCCAACAGGAUCGCGGACCUCCUGACGUUCGACGUGACCCAAAAUCCAUGGCGGUGCGGAGAUCUCUUCGACGCGAUCGUGACCGAUCCGCCGUGCAAUCGUGCCUCCGCUUCAAACCACCCUCAGCCUCUUCGCGCUAAAAGCCACCCGCGCCCCAGCGACGACCAGCCGUACAUCCCGCCGAUGAAGCCGUACGAGCUCUCGGAGCUCGCCCGGGACCUCGUCCUCCUCGCGCGGCACAUGCUCCGCCCGCGCGGCCGGCUCGUCUUCUUCCUCCCGACGGUCACGGACGAGUACGCGGAGGUGGACGUGCGCGCGAUGCUCUGCCCCGGCAUGGAGCUCGUCGCGAACUCGCUCCAGAACUUCGGCUCGUGGGGCCGCCGGCUGAUCACGAUCCGGAAGACGACGACGGAGCGGUUCCCGCGGCCGUCGUUUGACCCGGAGCAUGCAGUGACGGAGAACGUCGUGGGCGAAGCGCAUGUGCCCGCCCACAAAGACUUCCGGGAGAAGUACUUCCAGGGUUUCGGGAAGAAGGGCGACGUUGGGGACGAUGGAGGGGAUACGGCUGGUACCGGCUGA